AUGGGAAUAGUUUAUUCAAAGACAUUGUUUGCCCAUCUUCGGACGACUACACAAGGAACGUCAGCUCAAUGUGAAUUACAAAAUAUAUUUUCGCAGCCUAGACGUCACCUGUAUCCGGAGCUAGGGAUUACCUUAAUUGAAUCAUCGAACGAUGAUAAUGAUAGACUUUGGUUCAACCGAUACACUGGGACAGACAUGAACACGCAUUCGCGUGGCCUGCCCUUGUAUGAGUUAAAAAUGGACGUCGGCAAUAUAGAAAAGCAGAAAAUAAGGUCCCGCGAAAGUACACAUUCUUCCUCUUCAUCAAGAUCUUCAUCAACAUCUUCGUCAACAUCUUCGUCAAUGUCUUCGUCAACAUCUUCUUCAGCAUCUUCUUCUUCAUCCUCUCGUCAUUUUUCAAUACAACUUGAUCCCCGCCAAACCUUACCGAUUCCGAGCCGUACAAAUCCGUUCGCGACAACCAAACAUCUUCCGCAAGUGCUCUCUAUGAUCAAUUCUCAUAUUUCAACGAUAUAUCCUACUUCUGAACGAGAUCAAAAAAUCCAUAUAGCGGCCUAUUUUGGGAAAGAGCUUUUUUUCAAUAUACCAAACGAAUGUCAAGGAGAUUUCUUUACUUAUGAGGAUUGGCAUUCCGUCAAGAGAGAUGGGAAUGAGGGCAUGAGAAGUAGUUACCAGCAUAGUUGUGACUUGUUUGAAGGGUAUGAAAAAAUCGAAAGAAUGGACUUGGGGUUUAUGAGGAGUAAUGUAAUAGGGAGACACGGACACGACGAAAACGAAAACAGUCUAAGUGUCACUCUCUAUUUCCAAUAUGAAGGGGACGGUUGGAAAGCCAAACUAAAGUACGACGAUAAAGAAGCUUGCUGGAAACCAACUAAACUCGCUCGCUCACUCCGGCGUGUUAUUCUCCUUGAUAUUGUCUCGACGACCGGUGCUCCUGAUAUUCGUUUUACGGUGAAAACUCAAAAGCGCGUUCCGAUUAGUGAAAAAAUCGAUAACAUUAUAAAAGAGGUUCAACAAAGCAAAAAUAGAGAGUCACAUGCAUCCAGUAAUGACAAGGGACAGAGACGAAUGACAUUCUCUGUAGAGGAUUUCAAGGGUAAACUGGCUGUUACUAGAAUUGACGAAGUUCUAACCAAGCAAAAGUUUUGCACUGACACCUACCGCCUAUUACUCUACCGAACCUUGUACUCUGCCGCAACCGGCCAAGUAUCUCAAAAUCUCAAUGUCAAAUUGAAACAUUACAAGUGGGUUAAUGUCAGGCAUAACAGUUGUCUGCAAGAAUCUAGUACUGACGAUGGUAGCCACGAUGAAGAGGCGGACAAUCGACGUAAGGAAAAUAUACAGAGGAAGCUUCAUGCUCUCACAACAAGUAUAGAAGAGGGCGUAAUGUUUGCGCGGCUUCUAUGCAAUAGGUUAGAACAGGCUUGA